AUAGUAAUUAUCUAUAUAAUAUACACUAACAUAACUGUUUUGCAUAUAUAUUAAGGCAUCUCUCACAAAGGAUAGCGAAUAUAAACAUUGGAUUACCGCAUUGCAAUAGCUGUUGUUAUACUCAUUCGUUAGGCCACAUAACCUUUUAGGAGUAUUCAUAGGAAUCUCGAUAUAGCAUCUGCCAACACAUGAAUGACAGUAUGUUCGGACAGAAGACCGGAAGUUGCGCGUAGACAUUGUUGGAAUAUAGAAGAGAGUUGAUAUUAGUUUGGUAUUAUUUAUAUGGAAUUGAUUUUAUCAUGACAAUUUGGGUACAUAGUAGAAUCGUUAAUUCUACUCAUCGCCCCUAUAUUCACGAUCCAAGUAACAUCAGAUUUCCAAGAUAAUGAAAUGCAUAUAUCACGUCGAUUAUGGAGCUUGCCAAUAUCGGACAUUGUCAAGCUCAGGUCACUGCUGGCCGAUGCUACCAUAGCUGAUAGAGAAGCAUUCAAAGUGUUACUACUAAAGUGUUACAAGCAACUUACACCAAGAGAGAGUGUUAGAGCAGCGGAAGUUAUUAAUCGCAUUACUGAAUCACAGCACAAAACUGAAGACCCAUGGGUAGAUAUUAAACCUAUCCUGGGAGAAAGUAUCCGAGCGAAACUAUACGCUCUUACGGAACCCAGUGAAUUAUGCCAUAUUACCAUGAGCGCUUACGUACAUGGAAUAAGUUCAAAAUGGCUAUUCAUGGAUUUCGUAGGAAGAUUAGAACCACUUAUCCCAAAAGUAAAAGAUAGUGAUCUUGAUAAAGUAUGCAAUACUAUAGUAGCUCUUCAUAAAGCAGGAUAUCGAACACUGCCAAUAUGUUCCAAAUUGUUUGCCUAUCUAGCAGCUAGGGGCACACAAAGUAAUGUGUCCGAUGGUAAUUACGUAUCGUUGCUUAGAUGUAUGGCCGAAACUGGUGUUUCUAACGAAACACUUAGUGUUAGGAUAGGACAAGGGCUGAGAUCGAUAUUGGUAUCAGGGAAGAUGACACCAACGGAAGCAGGUGAACUUCUGAAGUACUACACAGAAAAUAUGUACGACAGUGUUUUCAUAAGGCACAGAUUAAUCGAGACGGCACUGAAGGAUAAGAAUGUACCUAUCAUUGUUCUCGCUCGAUGCUUAUCCACCGGCGUGUUCCCUACCAAAGAAAUAGAUAAAAUAGAUACGAUAAUCAAUGAGCAAUCUACCAAUAUGAACUUGACAGAGUUAUUAGCGGUGCUUACGGGAUACGCAGCACUGCGCUAUAAACCCACAAAUGUCAUUCAACAGUUAUUAAAACGACUGGAACAUCUGUUAUUGCGUCUAACACUAGAAAGAUAUGCAAAAGUUAUAUAUAAUCUCUGGCAACUUGGUAUACAUAACAUUGCUGUAUUGGAACACGCAAAGGACUUCAGUCAAGCCAAUAUCCAAUUAAAUGCCAAGGACAUACCGUAUAUCGCAAACUUUAUAGUCGCACUGGCGUGUUUCAAUGUGGAGUACUAUGAUUUAUACUCGAUGCUAAUAAACGAAAUGAUGCGUGUUGAUUGCUCCAUUGACUCCAGGGAUCUCAACACGUUACAGAAAAUGGCGCUUAUAUUGCGUGCUUUGGACAUACCAGUGCAAGAAUAUAUAUUGGAUCUUCUCAAUCGCAAAUGUCUGGAACCCAAUGAAAUUAGGAUUUCAAAUAUGCAACAUGAAGUGACGAAAACAGCAACGUUCAUAGCAUAUACAUUAUACACGCAGGUACAAGUAGGGCCUUUCCUAGUGGAUUUUGUUAAACCAGUAGGGCUUGAAGAAGUAGCAGAUAUUAGAAAGCGAAAUGCUAAACAACCUCGGAAUCGCACGAUUAUAGAAGAGCGACGACUAGCCGACCGUUUAAAACAUGAUUCCAUCGUAUUACUUGCCAAUUCUAGAGAUAACUAUUAUCGCAACACGAAGGAACUCACGACGCAAUCAAUAAUUGAACGUGAUCUAUUGCGUGCUAUGGGAUUUCAUUGUAUUGAAGUACCAUAUUGGCAGUGGGAGGAACAUACCUCCUGGGCAGCCAAACAGAUUUAUCUAGAAGAUAUGCUGUCUACAUUCGCAACACCAAAUAACAUUGAUCUAUAAAAAAUUAGAUAGACAUUCAAAUUAGCGAUGUAAUG